CGGAUCUGACGCGCGCGCUAGCACGAGAGGGGAAAUAAACAACAAGCGAGAAAGAGAGAGGAGAGAGAAGAUCAGCUGGCGGAUGGGGGCAGGGAAGCGGCUGGUGCAUUGAUCCAGUUGGUGGAAUCAUGCGGCAGCGCCGAGGCUACAUUAAGCUACUUGCUCCAUUCUGUAUCCUGGUGGUCUUCCUCCUGCUCACCCUCACCACCUCUUACAAGCCCAUCAUUGUGGUCCAUGGCCUGUUUGACAGCCCUUCCGACUUCCGGCAGCUGUUGGAGUUCAUCAAUGAGACCCAUCCGGGGACCAACGUAACCGUUGUUGAUCUGUUCGACUGCUCCCAGAGCCUGAAACCACUUUGGAUGCAAGUGGAAGGGUUCAGGCAAGCCAUUUACCCCAUUAUGCAGAACGCUGUUGACGGGGUUCACUUCAUCUGCUACUCACAGGGAGGCCUCAUCUGUCGCGCUCUCCUCUCCACAAUGCCCAAUCACAAUGUGGACACUUUCAUCUCUCUCUCUUCCCCACAAAUGGGGCAAUAUGGGGACACCAAGUACCUGAAAUGGCUGUUUCCCAAGCACGUGAAAUCCAACCUGUACCGCUUGUGCUACACACACAUGGGCCAGGAUUUCUCCAUCUGUAACUACUGGAAUGAUCCACAUCAUCGGGAUCUUUACCUCAACAAUAGCAACUUCCUGGCUCUGUUGAAUGAUGAGAGACUCCACCCCAAUGCAACAGCCUGGAAGAAGAACUUCCUGCGGAUCCGAAUGAUGGUUCUGAUCGGGGGUCCGGACGAUGGAGUAAUCACGCCGUGGGAGUCCAGUCUGUUUGCCUUCUAUGAUGAUAAUGAGACCGUGAGAGAGAUGACAUCUCAGCCGGUCUACCUCUUGGAUACCUUUGGCUUGAAGACUCUGCAUGCUCGUGGCAACCUUGUUUUCUGUAAAAUACCAGGUGUUGCCCACACGGAGUGGCACUCCAACCGCACAGUUUAUGACACUUGCAUUGCCAAAUGGCUGACGUAGCUGGCAAGGGGCUUGAGAAGAAGCUGGCAGAGGACAGUGUCCUGAUCUGAGAUGUGCUGUGUUACCUCAUCUUGGCAUUUCUCUCCCCACCACAGAGAAGAAACCCUGUUUUGUUACAUAUUGCUUUUCUAAGAUGAUUGAUAUUUUCUUCCAUGGUGGAAGAAACUUUUUCUGCAGGAACUUCUGGUAAAGGCUGGCAGCUGUUUUGGUGGUUUCAGGAUAUUGUACUAGGCAUGCGGGGUGUGCAGGAAAUGACCCUGCCAUUUUCUGUUAGGUCUAAGCUAUAAAAACCACAGGAAAAAGUGCAAAAGGACACUUCAGCAGUAUCAAAUACUUGAGAAGAAAUUGGCGGGGGGGGGGAAUAGGGCUUUAGGUGCUGAAAAUAGGAAAUCAAUUACAUUUAAAUGUAAUCGAAAACAUCCAGAUUUCAUACUUCCUAGUUCCAAACUGCUUGCAGAAAUCUAUGCCAAUAUUUUUCUUUGAAAUUUGGACACUGAAAACAUUAAAUUCAGAAAAUGGCUUUUAAAUUGGGCAUCUUUAUUGAAAAAAAUCACAUUCUGGCAAUAAUAAAUAAUAAUAAUCUUGUUUUUAACAGAUGCUAGAUUCCAGAAUGGUAACAAAACUAAUUCUGAGAAAGCUUUGAUAAGCUGACAGAAUUUUAUUUUAUUUUAUUUUGCAAAGUAAAUUUCAGUUUUCUACUCAAAUUUCUGCUUUGACAGAAAAAAGGUCAAUUUGUAGUUUUUACCAAAAUGCCAGUUCCCUGGCAUUUUAAAAUUUUAAGGGUACAACUGUCACCACGAAACCAUCAAAUAGUUCAGUGUUUCCAUUUCCAACAUUUUUGUCAGUUUCUUUGUUUGCUUAAGACAGUGGGAAGGAACCCCAAAUUUUAUUCCUCCAGUCACAGAUCAAUGUUCUAAAUUAUUGACUAAAUCUAAAGGCAAUAUAUAUUUAUUAUAUAUAUGUUUUCCUCCUGCUUCAGAAGCACACUUUCAGAAACUCAGGAUAGCAACAAAAACAAACUCUGUAGACAGAAAUUUCAUAACCUGCAUUGACAUCUGUUUAAAAAGAAUAUGUGCUUAAACCACCUACUGGCAGCUGUUAAGGGGCAGCUGCUAGCUGAUUUAAGGGAGCUUCUGCUCCUUCCCUUCUCUUGGAAAAUGUCAGACAAGGGAGGCUGGUGGCCCCGAUGUCAGUGGGGCCGUGAAUCUGUUCCAGGUUUUAGUUUGAACUUUCAAGGAGCCAUCAAAGGUGCUGAAAGCGGAUUCACGGCCCCACUGACAUCAAAACCACUAGUCUCUACUGAUAUCAGAGCUUCACUAGUUACAGCAGGGGUAAGAGUCUUGUGGCCCUUCCAGAUGUUGUUGGACCACAGCUUCCAUCGUCCCUGACUACUGGCCAUGCUGGUUGGGGCUGAUGGGAGUUGGAGUCCAACAACACACAAAGGGCCACCGAUUCCCCACUUCAGUGUUACAGUAUUAACUCUUAUUUUCGCCGAGGUACAACAGGACAUACGCGAAAGGACUCAGGUUUAACUUUAACCUCAGCUGGAGUCUGGAAAAAGGACAGGGUACACUUUAAGCUGAACUUGGUGUGAUUUGAAGGGGACAUUUAUUCUGAGAAACAAGAUGUUUUACAUGCUAUGCAGAAUGAGACAUCAGACUUCCAGAUUGUUCCACUUCUUAUUGUAGAGGGAGAUGAUGCCUUUUUUAAUGUUCUUCCACAUGAAGAAAAAACUGUUUUAUGUGAUAGACUGGUACAUUAGAGAGAGUGAGUAGCCCUUCACUUGUGUUAAUUGAUGACAUGCUGCAGAAGGAGUUUUUUAGUGGGGGAACAUUCAGAAAUGUAUUGAGCACAUACCUGCAAUCUGAAGUGGUGCCAUCCAGACUUCUACCCCCUCAUUCUGUGUGAUGUGUUGAUCAGCUGGCUGGGAUUCGUUUUGAAGUUUUGUUUCCCUUCGGUCAGGUGUGGAUGAAAGAUGGGUCAUUUGUGGCUGGUGAUAGCCAGAGCCAUGUCUGUAGUCCAGCUAGGGGAAAAAUGGGCAAUAUUCAGAUUAUGCAUUAUUUUAAGUUCCUACGUGUAUAAAUGCCUGAAUUUUUGCAUAAAUUACCAUAGAGAUGAACUGCUUUGGGUUUUCCUGUAAUGGGUGGCAAACAACGCUGAUGGUAGAGUUGGGGAAAACUCAUUAUUUCAAAGUAAAAAGAGUAGCUGGUAGAGGGGGAGGGGAAGUGCCCAGUUGCUGUGAAAUACUGAGUUUACCCACCCUUCUCUCUGAUUUCUCCCUUGGCUUUGAAUAGCGCUGCUUUGCUGUUUGAGCAACAAGAGGAUGGUACAUAUGACACCUUUAAUUAAAGGUGCAAAAAUCCUUGUUCUGAAGGUGAUGGGAAGUGUAGCAGACAGAAGCAAGGGCAAAGGGCACGAAGAGAGCACUUCUGUGUGUAGAUGCCCCAUUCUCUAAGCCAACUAUGGGGGAUCUUUGGCUCUCCAGAUGUUGCUGAACUUCAGCUGCCACAAUCCCUGACCAUUGGCCAUGCAAAAGGAAGGCUGAUAGAAAGUGGCGUCCAACAACAUCUGGAGGACCACAGGUUCCCAAUCCCCUCUCUAAAGCCUUUUCCUUUCAUCUGCUUUGACACUUUCUCCCCCCCACCCCUCACCCGCUAUAUCCAUGAGAACUAGAUCCUUGUAUUUUCUUUGAAUAUGAGAAUGGAGCUCAGCUUUUGGCUAUGUUUGCAAAAGAUACACUGCUCUCUUUUUAAGGUGCAUGGAAUGAAAAGGAUAUGGAUAGAAAUGAAGGAGAAAAUAGGGAAGCUCUUAUUUGUUCAUGGAGAGACGAAGUACCUAGAACUGGGAGGAAUUCCUUGAUGUUAAAGCAUGGGGGUAUGCCUCCCUUUAUUUUAUGGUACUCUGGAAUAAUCUGCAGUGGUGAGUUUGUCUGCUUCUGUUCAAAGCUAGCCUUUUGAGACAGAGUGCAGCUUCCUAUCAUGAAAGUCUUGAAGUGCUUACAAAUAGCUUGAAAAUUGUGUGGUUUGGUUUUGAGGGGCUUUGGAAUAGCCAGUAAAUCUAGUGAAAUAGCAUAUAUAUAUAUUUAUUCAUGGGAAAUGUUUGGGUGGAGACCUCAGGGGACUGUCAUUGGAGAGCGAGGAUAAUUGGAGACUUCUCUGGAAUUUGGCAGAUGGGUUGUGUGGGGGGGAAAGAGACGGUAGAUGAGAACAAUGCAUGGUUUAGGUAGGAUAAUUAGUUGACUGUCGUCUUAGAUUAAAAAAGAUGGAUCUAGUGAGUUAGAAUGGGAGUGUCAAGAGAGGAGGGAGUGAGGAUUCCUAGCCUGCUGUUCAAAUGGCUAAUAUUUAUAUAUAUGUAUAUAAUAUCUGUUUGGUUACAAGCACAGGUCUCUCUAUUCACACAUAAUCUUUAUGCACAAGAGAAUAUGCCCUUCUUUUUCCUCCUCACCAGUGAAAGUAAUCUAGUGUAAUCUAGUUAUCUAGGGUACCUGAGAAUUCUCUACUUCGCUUUUUAAAGAGGUGGCUGCAUGGUUUGUAUUCAUGUGAACAAGCCAAACAGCGUUCUUUCAUUCAGAGGGCAUUAUAACACCUGAGUAUCAGGUGCUGGGGGAAAUAACAGGGGUUAGCUACCUCCAUCAUACUCUGUCUGUGAGCUUCCCAGUGACCCCGGCUGGCCACUGUUGGAAUAGGGUGACUGAUGAGAUGAACCUUUUUCAUCUGUUCAGUAAGGCAAUUCUUAAGUUCUUAUACUUUGGCUGGAGCACUUCUUUUUUCCUGUGUAUAUUCUACUUUUUUAUGGGUAUGCAGCAGAUUUGGAUGAAUCUUAAUGCCAGCCUGAUGUGAGGUACUUUGGAGAGACUCUGGGCUUGUCUGAGGUGAAGUGGGAGCUGUACAAGGUGCACCAAACUUAAGCAGGGACACACACCCUCAAAGCGCUUUGUAGUGCCUCGGCAAUUCAGAAGGUUUUUUUAAAAAACACUGCAGACAAGUGUCUGCUAAAAGCAAAACUAAUGUGUCUAAGCUUGCCAUAUAAGAAAACACAAAGGUAGGAUUUGGGAUGGGGGGAAGGGAGAGCAAAUGCCAGGGUGAGGAGAAGGUGGAAGGAGAGCCCCCAGCUUACAUCAGCCCUAGCCAGCAUGGCCAGUGGUCAUGGAUGAAGGGAGUUGUAGUUCAACAACAUCUGAAGGGCCAUAGGUUCCUUAUCUCUGACCUAAAGGGUUUGGCCAAAUGAGUUGGAUUUUUUUUCAUGACUGGUCUCUGUGUGCCAAAAUGAACUGUGGAAAUGGCUCAAUGGCCACCAUGUAAAAAGAAUUUUUUUAAAAAAAGAUUGUGUGAAUCCAUUUUUAAAAUUUAACAAGACAUCAACAGGAGAGAAAGCAAGUUGAGGAUCUGUAUAAAACAAAGUAUGGAUAUAUAAGGAGCUGCUGUUUACUGAGAGGAAUGUGAUGCUUUGCAGGGGAACAGGACAGUUUCACGUUUCAGGACAGGCAAGUUUCUCACACUCCUAGUUCUUCUGAAACAUGUUCAAAACAUCUCUCUCUCUCUCUCUCUCUCUCUCUCUCUCUCUCUCUCUCUCUCUCUCUCAUACACACACACACACCACCACCACCACCCCGAGUAUAUUGCACUCCAGCAUAAUCAAGAAUUGGACUCCAGGACAGGGCUCUGCUGAUAGGGUAGGCUUGAUUCUCAGUGUCUGGGAUGACUUUGCGUGCAGAAGGUCCCAGGUUCAGUCCCUGACAUCUUCAGAUAGGGUUGGGAGAGACUACCUGCCUGAAACCCUGGAGAGCCACUGCCAGCCAGUGUAGACAAUACUGAGCUAGAUGGCUGGCUUGGUAUAAGGCAGCGUCCUCUGCUCCUUAAUAGUGCUCCUGAGGGCGCCCCAUUACUUUCUUCCAUAUAAGUGAAUGCUUGCAUUACCUUCCUGUGGUGCGUCUAGCAACCUCACUGUACAGUUUUAGGUGACUGCUGAAGAUGCACCUCUUUACCCUGGCCUUUGGCACCGAAGACAUGUAUUUUUAGGACCCACCCUAUUCUGGGAUUUUAGGUUGUUUUUAAUUGUUUUUAAUGCUGUACUUUAAAAUUGUUGUAUCCUGCCCUGGGACCUUUGGGUAUUAAAUGAUAGUGAUAAGGUGGGGGGGGGGAGGAAAGCAUUGCAUUUUGGGACACUGUUGGUGAUGGAAAACCCUGGCAUUCGGUUGCAAGAGGGAUCCAAUGACACUUUGCCCUGCCCUCCAGUGCAGCUGUUCAGUUUUAGCAGAAAGCUUUCCUACCCCUGAUAAGAUCCUUCUAGCUAGAAGUGCCAAGGAUUGGAGGUUCUAAAAAUGGAACACAGGACUGUUUGAAAAAUAUUUGUAUUUUUUAUUUCUUGCAAAGCAUGCCCUCUGAUCCACCUGUUAACAUAGCCCCAAAGUCUUGUGCGAAGCAAUUCACUUGGAUUUGUUUCAGAUUCUGAUUUGGUUUAGAACUUCACCUUUUUUUUAUUUUGAGGCUCUAACAGUUAGGAGAAUUGUUAGAGAUUUGUGCAUGAAACUAGCAGAGAGAUCAUUCAGCCUGAGAAUUGGAGCUAUUUUGCAGAGGAGCAUUCAUAAUUUAUUAACCUCAAAACCACUGAGUGGAUUUUAGUGGCAUUGUUACAUUUGGGGGGCUUUACUGUGGCCGGCUUCUGUUCUAGAGGAAUUUCAGAUUUUAUUUCUAUUUUUUUUUCCAUUAUCAAAUGCAGUGUCUUAAAGCUCUUAAAGCUGACCUCAACUAAACCGCAGUCUCCAACCCAUUGACGUAAUAAACCUUAAACAAAACUAUGCAGGUAAGAAGCCAGCAGGGGUGUGGGGGCUUUCCAGUGUUUUUGCACCGCCUGCAGCAUGUACGACUAUCUGCCUGUUGGACAGAAGUCGUGGGUGUGCUCUUGGUGCAAUGAGCUCUUGGCUCUCCGGGAACGACUUCAUUUCCUUGAGGCCAAGGUGGCAGACCUGGAAAAGCUGAGAGAGGCAGAGAGGUGUGUGGAGGAGGCCUUCAGGGACGUUAUAGCUGUGUCCCACUCCAAGGAUGAUAGCUCUCCUGCUAUCAUGGAGAACGAUGGUCUCGGGGAAGGAGAGCAUCCAGCUGAGGAAGAGGGAAACGAUCCCUUAGAAGGGACCCAUUCCUUGGGGAUGAGCAGCUAUCCUCUUGUGCCGAGGAUAUAUCUCCAGGGGGUGGAGGGAUCCUUGUAGUGGGUGAUUCGAUCAUUAGGAACAUAGACAGUGGGGUGUGUGAUGGGCGUGUAGACCGCAAGGUGUUUUGCCUGCCUGGUGCGAAGGUUGCGGAUAUCGCCCGUCGUUGGUAGACAGUGCUGGGAAGGAGUCAGUGGUCGUGGUGCACGUUGGCACCAACGACAUGGGGAAAUGCAGCCGUGAGGUCCUGGAAGCAAAAUUUAGGUUGCUAGGUAGGAUGCUGAAAGCCAGGACCUCCAAGGUGGCUUUCACUGAAAUGCUACCAGUUCCACGCGCAGGACCAGCCAGACAGGCCCAGCUUCGCAGUUUCAAUGCGUGGAUGAGACGAUGGUGUCGGGUGGAAGGGUUCGGAUUUGUUAGGCACUGGGGAACAUUUUGGGACAAGCCGGGCCUGUACAAAAGGGACGGGCUCCACUUGAACCAGAAUGAAACCAGACUGCUGGCACUUAAAAUUAAAAAGGUAGCAGAGCAGCUUUUAAACUGACUGAGGGGGGAAACCCGACAGGAGCUGAGAAAGGUCCGGUUCGGAAUAAACCUCCCCCCUGGGAUAAAAACCAAAGAAAUGAUGAAAUUUUAAAAGGGGUAGGCCUAGAAGUAGGCAUUGUGAGAGCAGGGGCACAGGAUAUAAAUUCAGAAGUGCAAAAUUACCACAGGCCUAACCACAAGUGCCAAAGACACUUGAAGAGAGACACUGCUUACAAGUGCCUGUACGCUAAUGCUAGGAGCCUCCGAACCAAGAUGGGAGAACUGGAGUGCUUGGUCUUAGAGAAGAGCAUUGAUAUAGUGAGCAUAACCGAGACCUGGUGGAAUGGAGAAAACCAGUGGGAUACGGUUAUCCCUGGAUAUAAACUAUAUCGGAAGGACAGGGAAAGACGUAUUGGUGGCGGAGUCGCUCUGUACGUGAAAGAAGGCAUUGAAUCCAGCAAGCUCGAAACCCCAAAAGAGGCAGACUCCUCCACAGAAUCGUUGUGGGUGGUGAUACCGUGCCCCAGGAGGAACUUAAUACUGGGAACGAUCUAUCGUCCCCCUGAUCAAAAUGCUCAGGGAGACCUUGAGAUGAGAUAUGAAAUUGAGGAAGCAUCCAAACUAGGAAAUGUGGUAGUAAUGGGUGACUUCAACUACCCAGACAUAGACUGGCUGCAUAAGUGUUCCAGUCAUGACAAAGAAGCAAAGUUUCUAGAUAUUCUAAAUGACUAUUCCCUAGACCAGUUGGUCAUGGAACCGACCAGAGGGA